GAAGCGCAAACGGAGCAAACAGACCUAUUUGAUUUACCAGUGCAAAAAGUGAGUGAGGAACGGAAUGUAUCAAUAAGUUUGCCAAUGCAAGGAGUAAGUGGAGAAGUAGGAAUAAAGGAAGAAAUAUUAGUCGACGAAGUGUCUGGAAGACAUGUAACGAAUUCAAAAAGGAAGAAAUCACAGCGCAUUUGUGAAAUAUGCGGCAAAAUUUUUGCCCGAUCAGACGGUAUGAUAAUCCAUAUGAGGACUCACACUGGCGAAAGACCAUACAUUUGUGAAAUAUGCGACAAAAGUUUCAUUCAGUCAUCCGCAUUGGUAAUCCAUAUGAGGACUCAUACUGGCGAAAGACCAUACAUUUGUGAAAUAUGCGAC